GACAUUUCUUCGUCAGUGAUUUCCUGAUCCUGAAUCUCAGCAUUGUUACUCAUGGUCUCUGAGAGCCCAAAGCAGCAUGUACUGAGGCUCUGAACCAGGUAGAAGCAAAGGAAGGAGCAAAGGAAAUGAAAGAAGCUGUGGAAGAUACCUGCUUAUGAGAGAGGGAAAGAAUAGGCCUUCUGUUUCAGAGAUCCUUGGCGUACCCCUCCCUGUGGAAAGAUGCUCCACCCAAACUUUGGAGAGGCCUCAAGCUGAAGUUGGUGACCUGCCUGAGUCCCAGGGGAACCAUAGGCCUUUGAGUGGGUCCCAGGGAUGAUGAGAUCUACGUGAAAGACGUACAGUUAAGAAUUUAAAUUUCUGGAGCCAAACAGACCUUGGUUCAGAUCCCAGGGUGAAUACGUGGUUGAGAGAAUGUGAAAUUUUUCUUCAGCGUUUUGAGGCUCAUUUUUAGGCUGGUGGUGAUUGUACCUCUCCCGCAGGACCACGGUGUGAAGGUAAGCACAUGACACCUAUAAAACACUAUGCCUGGCCCUAAUACAUAGCAAGCCUGUUCUCCCUGGCGGCUCCCACCAUUUUUGCGGUGGAUGAACGAGGCACAUCUGGGCGGGGCCGUGCUGGGCUGCUGGCUUUGGAGCCCGGUUUCUACUGGAACCCAAAAGAUGGCUCUCACCCCUGAAGUCAGCGUGCCUUGGUUGGAACUCGGUGUCUGUCAUUGACCUUGCUGGUGUGUCUUCUGCAAGGCUGUCCGCUUUCCUGGUCCUCCUUUUCCCAUCUAAAAUAGGCCUGCUUCCUAGAGCUAGUUUGAUGUAUUUGUGGAAGCAGUUUGUAUGCUCUUGAGCACUGAACAGAUGUAAGAGAUGAUGAUGGAGAAAACAAUAUUCGUAGUGUUUACUGUGACCCUCCUCUGCACUAUGCUCCUCUGAAUGCUUUUGUGUAUUGACUCAUUUUAUCUUCACAGCAGUCCUAGGAGGACUCUUAGUAGUCCUAUUUUACAGAUGGGGAAAUCUGAAAAGGCACAGGCACAGAGGGGACUCCAGGCGGUGAGUAGAGGAGCUGGGAGGGAAGCUAAGGGAGCCUGCAGCCCUAACCACUGGACUGCACAGCCUGCCUUUGGUUACAGAGCAUCCCUCCCAAAUUCAUGCCCACCUGGAACCUCAGAAUGUGACCUUACUUGGAAAUACGAUCUGUGCAGAUGUAAUUAGUUCCAUUAAGAUGAAGUCCUAUGGGAUUAGCAUGGGCCCUACUCCAAUAACUGGUAUUCCUAUCAGAAGAGAGCAGAGGAGACACACGCAUACAGGAGGGAAGGCCUGUGAAGAUGGAGGUACAGACCGGAGGGCUGCACCUACAGGCUAAGGAACGCCCAGGGUCGCCCGCAACCACCAGAAGCCAGAAAAGGCAAGGAAGGAUCCUCCCCUAGACCCUCCAGAGGGAGCAUAGCCCUGCCGAUGCCUUGAUUUGGGACUUCUGGCCUCUGGGAGAGAGCACGUUUCUGUUGUUUUUUUUGUAUUUUUGUGUGGUACGCGGGCCUCUCACUGUUGUGGCCUCUCCCGUUGCGGAGCACAGGCUCCAGAUGCUCAGGCUCAGCGGCCAUGGCUCACGCGCCCAGCCACUCCGCGGCAUGUAGGAUCUUCCGGGACCGGGGCACAAACCCGUGUCCCCUGCAUCGGCAGGCGGACUCUCAACCACUGCGCCACCAGGGAAGCCCACAUUUCUGUUAUUUUAAUCCGCCUCCUAUCCAGAGGAGAAAGAAGGCAGCCAGGUAGCCUGGCACUGCUGGCCAGCUUUCUGGGUCAGCCCCUAUCCAGACCAUGGAGAAGCUAUGUUACCUUGCAGGUGUCCUUCCCACCUUGAAGGUCCCCGGCGCACAGCAUGCUCGUCGUGAGCAGAGGCGUCAUGGGGAAGCAUGUUUCCCAGUCGAUCAGCUGGAUGUUGACUUUCCAGAGCACUGUUUCCAUACUUCGCUUAGGAACUGACCCAAAGAAGCAGCAGAUGGGGAAAGAACCCUGAGCUCAGCGUGGUCCCUUUGGAGGACCCACCCACAUCAUGUCUUUUCACCUCAACAACAAGGGAACUGCUCUGUGGCCCCGGCAAUGACCCAGAUUUGGACUGGGUGAGGAGGGGGUAGGAGGGGUGUCCGGGAGACUCUUGAGCCCACCCUCUCUGAAUCAAGAGCUCCUAGGACUGGGUCUCUACUGGAUUUCAGCCUCAGUGAACCAUUUUCUCACCCUGCCAAGGGUGCCAGGUUCCAGCAAGGGUCCUAAAAAGGAGUUUCAUUCAAAUCCAUGAGGAUGUAAAGAGAACCCACGAUGACAAGUUCUGUCCUGGGACCCACGGCACAAAAAGAUGGGCUUGAAGCUUGUGUCGGGGUCCUUGAGGAGUUCACUGCCUGUGGGCUCUAGCUGAGCCCAACUCCUAGAAUGUCCACUUUCGAAGAUGGGGAUGUGUUCCUCUUUGUAUGUUGCUGAAUCCCCGGAGCCUGCAACACUGCCUGAAUCAUAGAGGAGUUUCAAAGAAAAUGAGGUUUUCGGUGUCAAGAUUUCCUUUACCAUGUACGACCUCCAAGGUAGAUCUUAUUCCAAAACAAAAGAAAGAGAAAAUAGCAAUGGGCUGCAGUUAGAAUCCACCACACACUGAGGAUCGAUCCUCCACAGAGAUGAUUCCCACUGUCAAGGAUACGCGUCUGCCAUGGGAAAUCUACACCGUCUGCAGGCACCCCGCCUAUGAUAUCCAAAGCUUCUGACUUCUCAGAACUGUUUAUUCUUUGGCCACAUUUCACUAAGAGCAGAAAGAAGGAAGAGGGAGGAGAGACCCAGCGCCCAACAGUCAAGACGAAGAAACAGUCUUGGAGAGAUCACGUGAUUGCUGAAGACCAUUCAGCUUACAAGAGACAGAUGGGCAUCUUUCGGGCAGAAUGCGGUGAAAGACCCAUUUUUGAGAGAGGAGCUCAGUAUUCCAGAAUCAUAGGAGGGAUGGAGGCUGAGGUGGGUGAGUUUCCAUGGCAGGUGAGUAUUCAAGCAAGAAAUGAACACUUCUGUGGUGGCGCCAUCAUCAGCAAGUGGUGGAUUGUCUCAGCGGCUCACUGCUUUCACUCUGAGAUCUCGCCAACAGAACUGAGAGUCGUGCUGGGAACGAAUAGCUUAAGCAGCCCAUCCCUGGAAGUAAAGGGGGUCACAAGCAUAAUUCUGCACAAGGACUUUCAAAAACUCAACAUGGACAAUGAUAUCUCCCUGCUGCUGUUGGACACGCCCAUCACAUUCAGCGAACUGAAAGAACCCAUCUGCAUGCCCACAGAGCCCGGCCUCUCCAGGUGGCACAAAUGCUGGGUGGCAGGAUGGGGGCAGACCCAAACUGGUCUCAAACAGCCUAUGGAAACAGAGCUGCUGAAAGUGCCCAUGACCAUCGUGGAUUGGGAGAAAUGUUUAAAGGAAUUUCCAAGACUUACCAAAAAUAUGCUGUGUGCUGGAUUCGAGAAUGAGACCUACGAUGCUUGCCAGGGUGACAGCGGGGGUCCUCUCGUCUGUACCACAGAAUCUGGCAAGAAGUGGUACCAGGUGGGCAUCAUCAGCUGGGGAAGGAGUUGUGGACAGAAGAACGUUCCAGGAAUAUACACCUUGUUAGAAAACUACCACUCCUGGAUCAAGAAGAUGUCACCCCCUCUUCCCGGCUGCCCGGGUGUCGGUGUCGCCGGCCUGGGCGCUCUGCCACGACCGCUGUGGGCGCAGAUGGAGCCCAUGAAGUGGACUGCUGGCCGCCACUCGAGGUCACCUGGUUUCCUAAGAAGCAGAUUCUCGGCAGUUUCUCACAGGAGGAGCAUUUGCAACUCACAGCUCUGCUGGCAUCCUUUCCCCAUCCCUCCCCGCCCGAACACAGCUCGCUCGUUUGGAAAGUAACUGUGAAACCUUUUA